CGGGUACAGUGUUGUAGUUUUUGCUACACGUCUAAUAUUUGUCGUCGUUGUCUGAAGCUCUGUGUUUGAUUCAAAACAUAAUAGUUACGUAAAGUUUAUUGACACGUCUGUCCGGUUGAGAUUAAAAAAGACUGCAGAGAAUUACCGAGGUGGAUAAAACAGCGUGCAGAUCUGCGUCAGGUGAACUUUGACACACUAACUAGUGGACCGAGGCUACGAACCAGACGAGCGAGACUACUUUGAAGGAAAGUUAUCAUUCAUUACACAAGUUCGCUUCAAAAACUGUGUCUGCAGACCCGAAGAUGACCUCCAAGAAAGUGGUCGAGUUGUUCUACGACGUGGUGUCUCCCUACUCCUGGCUGGGCUUUGAGGUUAUUUGUCGAUACAGAAACGUGUGGAACAUCGACCUGAAGCUGCGACCUGCCUAUCUCGGGGGAGUCAUGCAGGGAUCAGGCAACAAGCCUCCCGGUGUGAUCCCCAACAAGUUUAUGUACAUGGGCAAGGACCUGACUCGCUUAUCAGAGUACUGCGAGGUCCCCAUGCAGUUUCCAUCGGACCCUUUUGAGGUCAUGUUCAAAAAAGGCUCUUUGUCUGCGAUGCGGUUUGUGACGGCGGUGCAAGCGAAGGAGAAGAGCGGCGACAGGCAGGUGGAGCAGAUUUCCCGCGAGCUGUGGAGGAGGAUCUGGAGCCAAGACGAAGACAUCACCGAGCCCGCUUCAAUCGCUCAGGCAGCAGUAAAAGCAGGAAUACCUGAAGGUGCGGUUAAAGAAUUGCUGGAGCUGUCCAAAUCCAAGGAGAUCAAGGACAAACUCAAGCUCUCAACGCAGGAAGCGCUUGAUUACGGGGCGUUUGGUUUUCCUCUGCUGGUGUGUCAUGUGGACGGGAAGCCGGAGAUUUUCUUUGGGUCAGACAGAUUUGAGCUCAUGGCUCACUGCAUCGGAGAGAAAUGGCUCGGACCUAAACCGGACAAAUCAACUGCCAAACUGUGACGUGAAAAAUGUCGUCAGAUACUCCCUUGAUUUUUCUCUCAGACUUCUGCAGAUUGAGAAGACUUUCAUAUAACAUUUUGCAAUUUCUGCACCGUGCCUUCAGGUGUUCGCCUGUGUUUUUUAGAGACAGACAUUACUGAGCAGUAGUAAAUAAUAAUAAGGGGAAUAAAUAGAGUGUGAUAAAACAAAUAGAAAUAAUGUAAAUAGUUCACUGUGAGUGACGCCUGUUAUUGCAAUAAGUAACAGAUUUACAGCAAUGAUGCAAAUUAACUUUUUGAAUGGAAAUAAAAUGUGAACAUGA